CCCUCCUCACACACUCAUCUCAUCCAUAACCCUUUCUCUCCAUCUUCCCUUCUCAUAAUCCCGUCUUAUUCAGGGUCUUUAUUCCACCUUCCACAUUUGUUUCUUUCUCUUGUUCGUUUCUUCGUCCGUCAUGUUAAAGCGGAUGUCCAGACGCAGCCGCUCUCUGCUGUCCCUCUGUCUGACCUCUCUGGCCCUGACGCUCUCUGUGCUGGCUUUCUGCACCUCUUACUGGUGUGAGGGGACACACAAAGUGGUAAAACCUCUCUGUUUGUCUCCUGUGAAGAUGAAGAACUGCGGACAGAACGACAGCCAGCCCUAUACCACCGAGAGCCCAACUCCAGACCCCAAAACUCCUGAGGGCAAUGCGACAGUUUCUCUGAAGCAGAAGGAGGAGCAAGCCCUAAUGAUGGCAAAGAAACUGGCCAAUGCAGUGCACUAUAUCUGGGAAACAGGAGAGGACAAAUACAUGCUCAGAUACUUUCACACCGGGUUCUGGCUGUCCUGUGAGAAACACCAUAGUGGAGAAAAAUGUCGAAGUUUCAUUGAAUUGACUCCUGGAGAAGCGCAAGGGGUUCUUUGGCUCUCUCUGUUCUCCGAGUUCAUGUAUAUCACUCUGCUGGCCAUGGGAUUCCUUAUGAUGUGGAUGGAGCUGCUGUUACUUUGCUUAAAUAAGGAAAUGUAUGCACUCAAGAUCAAUGCCUUUGCUGCCGUUUGCACCGUUCUCUCAGGAAUGAUGGGGAUGGUAGCACAUAUGAUGUAUACUACAGUGUUUCAGUUGACUGUGAGCAUUGGUCCUAAAGACUGGAGACCUCAGACCUGGGAUUACGGCUGGUCAUUUGCUCUGGCUUGGAUUUCUUUCAGCUGUUGCAUGGCUGCGGCUGUCUUCACCCUAAACUCCUACACCAAGAUGGUGAUCGAGACGAAUCACCGUGCCCGGAUUCACCUGGAAGAGGCGGCCAGCCACGCCCCUCCUUAUGACGAUAUAAUCAUGGCCGGAGCUAUCGGCAGCAUCUACUCCAUCAACCUUCCUCUUCAACACUGCCAGCAAGGGAAGUUGAUUGACACCACAUGGCCCUCUAGAAAGGAGGUUCUUCCUAGGGUGAUGAUGGAAGGAAUGAACUCUGAUGGACUGGUGAUGUUGGGAAGGUGUGGGACACAGGGCUGCGAGGACUGCGAGAGAGAGAUGGACAAGAUAACGGAUGUGUUGGAGAAAGAAUGCGACGAAGAGGACGAUGAAAUAUGAGAGGACGGAAGCCAAAAAAAAAAUGUGGUGCUAUAUAUAAAGGCGUGGUGGAAUUAGAUGUAUAGCGAAGCCCUGAAAAGCAUGUUGGGAAAUAAUUUGUUCCUCAAUCAAAUCUCCAUGUUUUUUUUACCUGUCCAUAGUUAGAAAGGCUUCCUUAUUAUUCUAAAAUAUGAGAAAAUAAAUAAACAUUUCCAUAUGCAAAAUCUGA